ACCGAGAGGAGAUGAUUCCGGCUCAGUUGUGGGUUGACUUUCACGUCGGUUGGAUCGGACGACGAAGUGAGACGCACGACGACGGUGGCCGUUUCGACCGGUUGCCGAUAUUGAAACCGGAACUUUAGCAGAGAGUGCCUUGGGACCGUUUCACCGUUUGCUCCUUUACGAGUUUCGGAUUUUUUUGUGUGUGUGUGUUGAGUGAAAAGAAAAUCCUACAGACGGAUAGCUUCGCCGGAGAGUUACAACUUUAGCUAGAAAAUAUUUAAAUCCAUUAAACACACGCAACAAUCGAUCGUGCUAACAGUAACCAACCAAACACACACACCUAUUAGUCAUACUUUUUCUCGUCCUCGAAAACUGGCCACCGCGCGGAACAACAUCCCACUGGACACGAGGCGGCAACGCAAUUCUAUAAUUAAACAGCCAAAAACGAAAAAAAAGCAAUAGCACCAAAUUGGCGACGGCACAUCGGCUAACGGCUUGGUUGGUGUUAUUUGUGUUCCUUUCCCUUGGCCGCCCGCGCCAAACCCAACGGACACGGCGCGACAUCGGCGGUCGUGUGACCGUGACCUUGUUUGAGAGGGGAACAGACCUUUUCUCCAUUUCCGUGUCCCACACCCCGUUCCGCAGAAUCGAUGUGCUUUUCGAGUGUGUAUAUCAGCGUGUGUGUGUGUUGAAGUGGUUUAAAAGAAGGAGCCUAACCAUCCACGGGGUUACGAGACCCAUUAAGGACCCCCGUUACGAAUCAAACUCAUAAACUUUAGACGAACGGAUGUAGUUUAGAAAGUGUGCGAAUGCAGCGAUCGUUCAACGAGCGUACGAACGACGCACAAGAGUAAAGGGACCAACCCGGCGAACCACAUCGUUCCAACAGUCAGCAACAUUCCACAGUAUCUUCUUACUCAGCUGCCAACCGUGUGUACAUCUCGCAACAGACAGACCGUCGUUCUGAAAAUACAGCAUGGAGCAUUGUUUUACUGCGUAACGGCUUUUUUGCCAAGAAGCAACCAAGAGACCGGUGAAAUCUAACGGGAGUACACAAGCUGUAUCUGGCAGUGCAGAGGGCAGUCAGCUUCCAACAGUUCAUCCAUCCACCGAAGCGAUUUCACCUAACGUUUUACCGCUGUUGGGUGUAUUUUUUGGGUGCCGUUUGCAAACUAUCCAAACAGUCUCCACAGCACAACACAUCUCAGCCGCACAAUUCUGCGCUACGUGACGAUAACGGAAAAGGUUUUGUGGCGGUUUUCCAACCAGACACUAUCGUUUACAUCGCUUGCAUCUUAUGAUCCGAAGUACCAGAGAGCAGGCGAGCGCAAAAAACCCCCCUCAAGCCCCUCAUCACAAAUGGACAGGUUCAGCAGACAGAACGGCAGUCGACCGGUGGUAUUGGUAGCGUUACUUCUCCUAUUUAUUGCAGUGUCAGUCAUUAGUGCUACACGCCGAUGAUUGGGCGAUCCGAGAGUGCAGCGGUCAUGCAGGAACAGUUAUAACAGUUGGUCAUAAAAUUUAACAGAAACAAAAAUGAUUUGAAAAAUACGAUAUGAUCACCGCAGUUUCAACGGCCUCACUCUGGGUGCUACACGAAAAAAACGAAAAGAAACAGUCCCACUAGCAAACGAAUGGCCAGUUAAAAGAUGGUAUGCAAAUUAACUCCUCUUCAUCAUCCUCUCCACGUGCGACGCCGUUGAUGCUUGAGUGUGGCGGCGAAUGAUGCGUUGGUUCAGUUUGUUGACCGGUUGUUUGCUCCCUUUUACGCAUCUGGGUGUAGCAGCUCUGCCUGCUUAUAAUCACUGUACUGUUUGCGAAAGGCAAGAAAGUGACCGAAAUGCAAUGCCUUGUUUUGAAUGUUGAAACGUUUAGCAGAGGAAACGAUCCAAAAUGGGUGUUGCUUAUGCAGUUAAGUAACGCACAGUGAAUCAUGAGACAUCGAAAGAGUUCUCCCGGAAUACUAUCAUCAGAACAAACAGUGGGUGUUUUUGUUCCUACGCGCCAAAUCCGUCUGUUCACCGAUGAGUCAGACGCAUUUGGCAGUGGCAGCUAUACUGGAAGUCACGAAAUAAACCCAUUUGCCGUCAGAAACACGUGGGAAGGAAGAUUAACACACUCAUCAAAAUAUCGAUAGAACAAGCGAAUAGUGUUGUUGCUUGCCUCCCAAUAUCCUCUGAAAAUCGGUCACAUUUUCGGUCACAAAACGGUUAAGCUUACAAUUUAAAAUUUGCCUGUUAAAAGCUAUUCGCUCCCCUGACCUUGUUCCAACAUCUAGCUCUAGAAUUAAGCCUGAAUUCCCUUUACUUUUACUGUCGCACCGAACGACAUUAUCCGCCAAGAUGCCGGGCGAACAGAUAGAGUGGAAGGUUGAAAGCGCGCUGCGUUUUGCCCAUUUUGCCAACCGUGUAAGUGACCGAGUGCACUGGAACGAGUUCAGAAACUGCCAGUAGAGCAUUGAAAACAGGUUUCUGUAGGUAACCGGAAGGGUGCACACUUUCGAACCAGGAAGACUUUUGCUCGACCAAGAUCAGUAAGCAAGGGGGACGGAGAUAUCUCCAUCUCUCAUUGCAAACGUGUAUCAACUAAAUGGCAUUCGAAAGGGCCCACUUGGAUCGAUCCAUCUACGUAGAACCAACCGCGUCCCUGUACCUCACCGGUCAACGAAACUCCUCCUAAACCUUCUAACAUCACAGCUCCGAUGUCAUCGUCGUCGGCAGUGCAGCAAUGCAUCUUCUGCUUGGCACGCUUCAACUGGGACAAUUAGGGAAAUGGGUCAUAACCUGUUUGUGCCCCGGCCGAAGACUAGGGCGAAUGAGGUGUGGUAGCGUCUGUGUGACCUGCUCCCUAUAUUACAAUGUUUAAUCAGACGCCAUGGCUACGGUAAGCAGGCAGAGCAAGCGAUUGUGCGGAUGAUGCCCCUUCCAUGAAGUUCUUCGGCACAUGUGGAGUGAAGUGCAGGAAUGGUUUUACGCAGUAUUGCCGGUUCCUAUCACUGACCAUUGCGUUGGAUCGUCAUUUGAAGCUUUUUUUUUUGCUGUUGUUACCAAUUCCUUUUUCAGACGAGGUUGAAACAGAAUAAGAUAACCUUCUGGAAAUGCCGUACGCCGGCGUAGCAUUGAUAGUGAGCAGCGAGCUGUUAAAGCUACUUGCGCUGUUCGUGAGACAGUGGCCACUUGUUCCGAACGCACAGCGAAUUUAUUUGACCGCUUGUAGACGGCCAACACGAACUGUUGCGGCACGAUGAGCUCUUAAAAUAGAAGUUUGCUGAAUAGCAAACAAGAUCGAGUGCAGUGAGACGACCUAGAUCAACAUUAGACAACAGCACUUGUAUGGCCGUUUUUGAAUUGGUAGUAAAACCUAUAUAAGAGGAAUUUUCAAGUUGGUAAAAAAAAACAAAUAUUUUUGGGCUAUGGAAGUGCCAAGCAGAGUCGAGCUAAGAGUUCGGAACAGGAUCAACAAGGAUCAAGAAAACGGGUCUAUCAGCAAUAAAACGAUGUUGCUGUCCCACAACAAAAACCCAUUAUUGCCAAUGUUAUAGCGGUCAUAUUUUUGAUUCCGAAUCAUUAGCUACGAACGAACGCCGAUUUAGGAAGCCUAGCCGUGAAAUGGGUGUCUUCUGUAAAUGUUGCUGGUGUGCUGCUUAAAUGCAGCCACACCAGGACGUUAACAGUGAAGUGCUUUGUGUCGCCUGUCGGGCUAUCUGUAGCGUGCUUAUAUCCUCAAUUCCACUCGAGGCAAGCGGACCUGUCUUGGUGUGAGAAAUUGCUGCCAUGCAACAUCCACUUCUUGGUGGCGCACUUCUCCAACCGGAAGUGAUAGUAACCGUUUGAGCGUGUUUCGACAUAUCGCCCGUGUCGAACCUCGAACAAAGCAUCCUCUUCUCUCACGGUACGACAUCGAUGCAUCCGCGGAAACCCAAAGACAUGAAGCUGACAAACGGAAUGUGUGCGUCAGAACGUUACCAUAUUCAUGAAUGAAUCAAGCGUGGUGGCGGUGAGGAAAGUGCGAACGGCGGCGGUAGGAACGCACUUGAGCUUAGCUAAACGAACAAAGUGUUCGGGGUGCGUGCUCCGGGCGGAAAUGUUGAUAUUAUCGUAUUGUACACGUCGACUCUGCUCUGCUCAGGGCUGCUGGCUCACUACACCAAGUACAUGCGUCAGCUGUGACGAGUUGUGAUCGGACAGGAAGCAAGUGAAAGAAGCCAAAAGGAAACUGCAAUCGUCAUUCGUUGAAUGCUUACUGCACAAGAUAGCUCCUCUUCUGGAAGUGAUUUGCUGCAUCUUCAAGCUCCAAAGUCACUUCAUGCAUGAACAUGCACGUGGCCAACGAAGUAUUCACAACGUUGAGACCAACUUAAAGAAAGGGUUUUUGAGCCGCGCUCGCGUGUGAGUGCUUCAUAUAAUCAAGCUCACUUCAAUCACGUACGGGCUAUUCAAUCCAUUUUCUUUUUUUUUGUUGCUGCUGUAUCCCUAACUAAAGCAAACGAUUGAUACGAAGCUCGUUAAAAUAAUCCCGAGAGGCGCGUACUUUAAACAGCGCUCAUCCACUUUUAACAGCGAUACGAUAGAUGGUAGCAAGAAGAAGCUCGGUGAAACGGGGCAUCGAGUUGGAAUAUGUGACGGGAAUUAGAUGCUACCAUUGCACGGUGGCACCACCGAGCCGGCAUCAAAACAACACCAAAACGCAACUGUGCUCCAAGUUCGAUGAAUCCAGCUACUAUGAAGUGGACUGUCCCUGGUCAACCAUGUGCAUGAAGCGCAUCUUCAAGCUGAAGCUACUGAAGGGCGAACAAGAGACGGUCAGCCGGGGUUGUGCCCAGCAAAAGAACACGGAACAGGUGUACCGCUCCGGUUCCUGGACACCGCAGCACAACAUCGAGGAACCGUACACGGAGGGAUGCCAAACGAUCGACGAUUCGACGUACUGCUUCUGCCGGGGGUCUCUGUGCAAUUCGGCCACGAAAACGACAGACCGAGGCAACUACCACACGGACGCGAUGGCCGUUAUUUUCGUGUUCAACGUAAUGAAGUACAUUCGCAGCGCCGAGUUCUGAACGGUGCGCGACCGUGCGAAUAAGAAAUAAGAAAAACAUAACGCAACAGUGAUCGACAGGUUUCAACAUCUGAUCAUACUAAUGUGAUAUUGAAGUGCUGUCCGAUGCGACAAUGCUUCAGCAAAAAAUACUAUGCCCUCGACUAUAAUUAUGGCAAGAAUAAAAUGAUUUGUUGUAUUGUUAC